AUGCUGACAAAGUGGGACAGAGAGCCAGUGAAAGUGACUAAGAGAGAGCCAGUGAAAGUCACUAAGAGAGAGCCAGUGAAAGUCACUAAGAGAGAGCCAGUGAAAGUCACUAAGAGAGAGCCAGUGAAAGUCACUAAGAGAGAGCCAGUGAAAGUCACUAAGAGAGAGUCAGUGAAAGUGACUAAGAGAGAGCCAGUGAAAGUGACUUGGAGAGAGUCAGUGAAAGUCACUAAGAGAGAGUCAGUGAAAGUGACUAAGAGAGAGCCAGUGAAAGUCACUAAGAGAGAUUCAGUGAAAGUCACUAAGAGAGAGUCAGUGAAAGUCACUAAGAGAGAGUCAGUGAAAGUCACUAAGAGAGAGUCAGUGAAAGUCACUAAGAGAGAGUCAGUGAAAGUCACUAAGAGAGAAGAGCCAGUGAAAGUCACUAAGAGAGAGCCAGUGAAAGUCACUAAGAGAGAGUCAGUGAAAGUGACUAAGAGAGAGCCAGUGAAAGUCACUAAGCGAGAGACAGUGAAAGUCAAUAAGAGAGAGACAGUGAAAGUCACUAAGAGAGAGCCAGUGAAAGUCACUAAGAGAGAGCCAGUGAAAGUCACUCAGAGAGAGCCAGUGAAAGUCACUAGGAGAGAGCCAGUGAAAGUGACUAAGAGAGAGCCAGUGAAAGUCACUAAGAGAGAGCCAGUGAAAGUCACUCAGAGAGAGCCAGUGAAAGUCACUAAGAGAGAGCCAGUGAAAGUCACUAAGAGAGAGCCAGUGAAAGUCACUAAGAGAGAGCCAGUGAAAGUCACUAAGAGAGAGCCAGUGAAAGUCACUAAGAGAGCCAGUGAAAGUCACUCAGAGAGAGCCAGUGAAAGUCACUCAGAGAGAGCCAGUGAAAAGCCAGUGAAAGUCACUCAGAGAGAGUCAGUGAAAGUGACUAAGAGAGAGCCAGUGAAGGUCACUAAGAGAGAGCCAGUGAAAGUGACUAAGAGAGAGCCAGUGAAAGUCACUAAGAGAGAGUCAGUGAAAGUCACUAAGAGAGAGCCAGUGAAAGUCACUAAGAGAGAGCCAGUGAAAGUCACUAAGAGAGAGCCAGUGAAAGUCACUAAGAGAGAGCCAGUGAAAGUCACUAAGAGAGAGUCAGUGAAAGUCACUAAGAGAGAGCCAGUGAAAGUCACUAAGAGAGAGCCAGUGAAAGUCACUAAGAGAGAGCCAGUGAAAGUCACUAAGAGAGAGUCAGUGAAAGUCACUAAGAGAGAGACAGUGAAAGUCACUAAGAGAGAGCCAGUUAAAGUGACUAGGAGAGAGCCAGUGAAAGUGACUUGGAGAGAGUCAGUGAAAGUCACUAGGAGAGAGCCAGUGAAAGUAACUAAGAGAGAGCCAGUGAAACUGACUAAGAGAGAGUCAGUGAAAGUCACUAAGAGAGAGUCAGUGAAAGUGACUAAGAGAGAGUCAGUGAAAGUGACUAAGAGAGAGUCAGUGAAAGUGACUAAGAGAGAGUCAGUGAAAGUGACUAAGAGAGAGCCAGUGAAAGUCACUAAGAGAGAGACAGUGAAAGUCACUAAGAGAGAGACAGUGAAAGUCACUAAGAGAGAGUCAGUGAAACUGACUAAGAGAGAGUCAGUGAAAGUGACUAAGAGAGAGUCAGUGAAAGUGACUAAGAGAGAGUCAGUGAAAGUGACUAAGAGAGAGCCAGUGAAAGUGACUAAGAGAGAGUCAGUGAAAGUCACUAAGAGAGAGACAGUGAAAGUCACUAAGAGAGAGACAGUGAAAGUCACUAAGAGAGAGUCAGUGAAAGUCACUAAGAGAGAGACAGUGAAAGUCACUAAGAGAGAGCCAGUGAAAGUGACUAAGAGAGAGCCAGUGAAAGUGACUAAGAGAGAGUCAGUGAAAGUCACUAAGAGAGAGCCAGUGAAAGUCACUAAGAGAGAGCCAGUGAAAGUCACUAAGAGAGAGCCAGUGAAAGUCACUAAGAGAGAGCCAGUGAAAGUGACUAGGAGAGAGCCAGUGAAAGUCACUAAGAGAGAGCCAGUGAAAGUCACUAAGAGAGAGCCAGUGAAAGUCACUAAGAGAGAGUCAGUGAAAGUCACUAAGAGAGAGCCAGUGAAAGUCACUAAGAGAGAGCCAGUGAAAGUCACUAAGAGAGAGUCAGUGAAAGUCACUAAGAGAGAGCCUGUGAAAGUGACUAAGAGAGCCUGUGAAAGUCACUAA